CUCUUUCUAAUACACCCCUCCCCGAACGCUCUCCCCGGUCUUUCUCCAACUCUCGCUCCAUAACCUACCAUGGCCAAGUCGACAACUCCAAAGGCCGGAAACUCCCAGCCCCAGCAGCUCAGGGUCCCAGCCAGCCCGCGGAAUCUCGAUACCGACGGAAACUGCGCCGCCCUCAAGCGUGACUAUGACCUCCUGAAGCAGGACUACCAGAACCUGAAACACCAGCUCGCCAGUGCUACCUUGGAGAAGGAGCGCCUCGAAGAAAGCGGAAACACGUUGGCAUAUUGCCUGAAAGCGACGCUCUUCCACCUUUCCAUCGUGCAGGGCUUCGUAGCUACCGCGCUGAAACCCGAGAACUCUCAACUCUCCGAACUUACAAACGUCACCCUCGAACUCAAUUCCCGCACCGGCUACUACGCAGCCGUGGCCAGACAAGCCCGGCGCUACGUGUUCAAUGGUAUCGCGUGCGCGGCCUGUGUGUUCCAGCGGAAGAAACUUGAUUUCGGCCCCUUCAAGGAGUCCUUCCUCUCUCAGAGCGACUGUGAGGACAUCUUCCGCGAGUAUCGCCGCGGGAACUCGAAUUUCGUUCCUUCGGAUGAGAUUGCAGAACAGCUUGAGGAGUUCAAUCGAAUAAUAGAGGAUGAUGGAGUUGGAGCCAAGCCUGCAACUGAGCACGACGAAGGAAUUAAAACCGAGCCUGAAACUGAGGAGGACGAACGAGUCCAAACCGAGCCUGCAACCGAGAAGGAUGACAGAGUUAAAACCGAGGAGCCUGCAACUGACUCAGCGAGCCUCGCUUCAAGUUUCUGCGUGGAGGAUGAAGAGGAAGACGGACAAGAGCCAAGAACGCAAGGACAUUCCUCAGACGAGAUCUCGCGUACCGACGAUUCGUCAGAUGCUUCUACCUUAGAGAUGUCCUCCGAGAACGAAAUCCCGCUGCAGGAGAACCACGUCGGCCAAAAGCGGAAACAAAGCACCGAUGAGGACGAUUUCAGCGCCACCGACACAGAAGAAGCGCAUCGCGCCAAAAAGAGGAGGAAGAAACUGGAGCUGUCCUCCCAAGAGAGCGGGGACGGUCUUGAUGAGGAAGUGGACCCGGGCGGCAAGGGGCCCGGCUUCGUAAUACCCGAUGACGACUGGAGGGCGAUGGAGAAAGCUGUAUUGCUGGAGUGGUAAGAGUGUCGUGAGACUGGACGGCCGAUGAGGGCCUGGGGGGAGGUUUUUCGGGAGGCGGAAGGCAAAAACGGCUAGGAGGUAUAUUGGGCCUGGAUACUCAGGGGCAGGAAGUGGCCUGAGCGGGGAUCACGGCCUUU